AGUAUGCUACGUAUCGCCUUAGUACAUGUUGCAUUACAAGUAUCACACAAAUACAAACAACGAUACGCUGUCCGUAUAUUGCAAGAUAAUCAGUGAAAAUAUAGCGAUAUGAUGACGAAUGAGAUAACGUGAACCAUCCGACGAAAUAUUUGUGUAAUUUAUAUUUGUUGUAAACAAUCGUGUGCGCAAAGCUAGAGUGUAAACAUGCUGAGUGCUGGGAAGACGGCGCUUUCCGCAGCUGUAACUAAAGCAUUCAUUAGAUCUGUAGCAAUUAAUAGCACGACAGUGAACACAGGUCAUCAUGUGCAAGUUAAGGACUGGAAGGAGAUCCCUGGACCAUCGUCUUUGCCUAUCAUUGGGCAAACACUGCAUUUCUUGCCAGGAGGUUCCUUGUCAGAUCCAGUUACGAUGGCGGAUACGCUUUUCAAAACGUUUGGCCCCAUAAUAAAAUUAGAUAGCGUAUUUGGGUCACCUACACUUAUUUUUAUCUUAGAUGCGGAAGCAUCUGCCCAGGUCUUACGUGGUGAAAACUGGAUGCCGAAUCGACCUGGAUUUGCCACUCUGGAACAUCAUAGAAAAAUGAAAAUCAAAGAUACUUCAGAGGAAUUCACAGGGCUUAUUACAGACCACGGUGAACCCUGGAAAAAAUUCCGGACUACGGUUAAUCCAAUAAUGUUACAAUCUAAAACCAUUAAGCUAUACAGUAAUAUACUUGAUGAAGUCGCAGAUGAUAUGAUAGAUCGAAUGAAAUCCAAAAGGAACGAGAAAAACAUGAUCGACGGAAAAUUUGAUGUCGAGAUGAAUCUAUGGGCUUUAGAAUCUAUUGCUGUCGUAGCUCUAGGCGGACGUAUAAACUGUCUCGAUCCAAACCUGCCAGACGAUUCACCAGCAAAGAAACUUAUAAAAACUGUUCACGACAUAUUCACAAUGGCCGAUAAAUUAGACUUCAAACCCAGUCUUUGGAGAUUUAUUGCUACACCGAAUUAUAAAAAAGCUAUGAAAUGUUAUGAGGAACAAGCUAAUUUAAGUAAAUACUUCAUUAACAAGGCAAUGGAAAACUACAAAACGAAAGAGAAAAGUGAUGAUGAAAAAGGAAUCUUAGAGAAGCUGUUAGAAAUUGAUGAGAAAAUGGCUGUUAUAAUGGCCAGUGAUAUGUUAUUCGCCGGUGUUGAUACCGCGGCAAAUACAAUGAUAGCAACAUUUUACUUGUUAGCUAAGAAUCCAGAAAAACAGAAAAAAUUAAGAGAAGAGGUUUUAUCACAAAGCGAGCGAAAACCGUAUUUGAAGGCCUGUAUAAAAGAAUCAAUGCGUAUAAUGCCAGUAGUGGCUGGAAAUAUACGAUGCACUUCUAAGGAGUACAAUUUAUUAGGAUAUAAAAUACCCAAAAAUAUGUAUGUAACCUUCGGUCACCAAUAUCUCUCCGUGACCGAACAGCACUUCCCCCGAGCGAAAGAAUUUAUUCCUGAACGAUGGCUGACUGAUAAAUCGGACCCUUUAUAUUAUGGAAACGCUCAUCCAUUCGCAUACAAUCCGUUCGGUUUUGGAGUCAGGAGUUGUAUAGGUCGUCGUAUAGCUGAGUUGGAGUUAGAAACGUUCCUGUCAAAGGUCGUACAGAACUUUGAAAUAGAAUGGACUGGACCUCCAAUAAAACUUAGGCCCGCGGCCCUCAACUAUAUCGUUGGACCUUUCGGUUUUAUUUUUAAGGACGUAAAAAUACAUCUCAUGUGUUUUCUCUUGUGUCGUCUGUGUAUACUGCAACCACAAACUAUUUCAUUUACCAUUGAAUUCUUAUUUUUAUGCCAUUACUAUUUCAGGUACAUAGCAUCAACUUCCAAUCAAGAAAUAAAAUCAUGGAAAGAAAUACCAGGCCCUGUUUCGGUACCAUUUUUAGGUCAAAUACACAACUACUUGCCUGGAGGGCUUUACCAAAAGUUCACUGGGUAUAAACUCCACGAAGAAUUAUAUAGACGCUAUGGACCAAUUUCUAAAGUGGACGGAAUAUUUGGCUGUCCGCCGAUGAUCUACGUGUUUGACGCAGACGGUGCUGCCCAAGUAUUACGCGGAGAAAACGAUACGCCAAUCCGACAAACAUUGCAAAGUUUAGUAUACUAUCGCCAUGUUUAUAGUCGUAAAAAGAAAAAUAGAAGUAACCCAGUAACAGGUUUAUUCAGCGACCAAGGUGACGUAUGGAAGAAAUUCAGAUCUGCAAUGAACCCUGUAUUCUUAUAUCCAAAAGUGAUUCAGUCUUAUUCAACAAUUCUCGAUGAUGUCGCCCUAGACAUGAUCAAAAGGUUAAAAUCACUGCGAAACGAAAACAAUACAAUACAAAGCAAUUUUAAUUAUGAGGUAAACUUAUGGUCUUUGGAGUCUAUAGCAGCCGUAGCCUUGGGAGAUCGCAUCAACUGUCUGGAUCGGAACAUGGGUCCUGACUCACGAGUCAACAAACUUGUGAAGAAUGUGGAAAAUUUCUUCUCUUUGGCCAAUGAGAUAGAUUUUCUUCCAAAUCUUUCUAUGAUGUUUCCGACGAGGAAAUAUAAUCGCCUAAUGCAAACAUAUGACGAAAUAGAUAAUAUUUGCAACACCUAUAUCAAUGAAUCAAUUGAAAAACUUCGAAGAAACGAGCUUGCCUACAAAGAGCGUGGAUUUCUGGAGAAAAUACUUGCAAUUGAUAAAGAUUACGCACAAGUCAUUAUAGCCGAUAUGUUGUUCGGUGGUAUUGAUACUGGAUCCAACACACUUCUGGCAACAAUGUAUUUGCUAGCUAAGAACCCGAAUAAACAAAACAAAUUACGAGAAGAAAUAAUUUCAAAGUCCGGAAAAACGUACUUAAAGGCUUGUCUCAAAGAAGCUAUGAGAAUUAUGCCGGUCGCUAAUGGAAACUCCCGGACAACCACUAAAGAAUACACCAUAUUGGGAUAUAGGAUUCCUAAAGACAUGAAUCUUUCUUUUGGCCACCAACUGCUAUGUUCGUUAGAAGAACACUACCCUCAGGCUGCCGAUUAUAUACCCGAACGCUGGCUGGUCGACAAAACAGACCCUUUGUGCUAUGGAAACGCCCAUCCGUUUACAUUCAGCCCCUUCGGCUUUGGAGUACGAAGUUGUAUCGGUCGACGUAUAAUUGAGUUGGAAUUGGAGGUUUUCCUCUCGAGAUUGGUUGAGAACUUUCUCAUAGGCUGGAACGGGCCAUCACCUAACAUCAAAUAUCGUUUCGUCAACUCUAUGGUUGCACCUUAUUAUUUUACUUUUAAAGAUGUAUAAUAAAGUGGGAACAACA